AUGACCAAUAUAUUGACACUUCCGUCUGCGUGUGACUUCCACAUUCAUCUGCGUCAAGAUGACAUGAUGAAAAUGAUAGUUCCUCGUAUACUAGAAGGAGGCGUAUCUCUAUGUUAUGUCAUGCCAAACCUCAAACCACCAAUAACGAAAACAGACCAAGCACUUGCGUACAAGGCCCAAUUGGAACAACUUGCACCGAAUGUGACGUUUUUAAUGACUCUUUAUCUCACGCCGGAACUAACACCGGAGGAAAUACGUAAAGCGAAAGCCCACGGAAUAGUUGGCGUGAAAUCGUAUCCGAGAGGAGUAACUACAAAUUCUGAUUCGGGUAUCGAGUCCUAUAAUACGUAUUAUGACGUGUUCAAGGCAAUGGAGGAAGAGGGUUUGGUUUUGAACUUACACGGCGAAGUACCAAGUGACGCAGAUAACGAUGUAUGCGUGUUGAAUGCCGAGGAAAAAUUCCUUGUGCAUCUGAAACAACUGCAUCAUGACUUUCCUCGACUAAAAAUCGUCUUGGAACAUGCUACAACAAAAGCAGCUGUGGACAUGGCAAGCGACACGAUAGGUUGUACGAUAACAGUCCACCAUCUUCAAUUAACCGUAGACGAUUGGGCAGGCAAACCACAUAACUUCUGCAAGCCUGUCGCAAAGUUUCCCCACGAUCGCCAAGCAUUACGAGAUGUUAUUUUAGAAGGUCACCCUCGGUUCUUUCUUGGUACUGAUUCGGCACCACAUCCGGACAACCUAAAAGAAUGUGCACAAGGAGCAGCUGGUGUAUUUACUAGUCCAUUGACAAUGUCAUAUCUUGCUACAAUAUUAGAGUCUUUCGGAUCCUUGGACAAAUUGCAUGGUUUUGCUUGUGUAUAUGGAAAGAGGUUUUAUGGCGUGAGUGAGAAACAAGGUAGCGGGCGCGAGAUGAGGUUAUUGAAGGAGAGUCUGACUGUCCCAAAGAAUUACGAGUAUGGGAAAGAUGGCGAUGCGCAAAAGGGACGAGUUGUUCCUUUCCUGGCGGGGCAAGUCCUGAAUUGGAAAGUUGUCUGUGAAUAA